AAUUUUUCACGCAUUACAAUGAGGUUCUGCAUCGUCACCGCCUGCCUUGCAGCAUUUGUUGCGUACGUAGUGAGCGAGCACUGCCACAAAGAUGACAAUCUUAUCACUACAUGCGUGUUAACAGCGUGUUCUGGCAACAACACCAUGAUGAUCUGUGAGCAUGAUGAAUGCACAUGUGCCAUUGACCCACGAGUUCCCUGUGGUAUGAAGCUAGAUUGUGAACAUAUACAGGAGUCGUGUGGCCAUGAACACCACGGACCUCAUCCACCCCCUGACAAGAGAGACCCUCAUGAUGAAGACAAGGCAUGGCAUUGUUUGGACAAUUUUUGUAAAUGUUUCUAGAACAUUAUAUCUUUGUUAAAUUUAUUCAACAAAGCAAGUGUCUUUUCCUUAAGAAACAUGUUUGUAUUUUUAAAUUUAGGACUCGAUGAGAAUUCAAACAUUCUUGCAACUCCAUACCUUAUAUACCAGAAAGGUAAUAAAUAAAUUGUUGAAAAUG